CCUGUAACUAGAGGGGAUGAAUGGGCUGAUCCUUUGGAUGAGAUCUAAAAGCCCUGGUUCUCGAAGGCCUAAAGAAAGAACAUCGAGAAGAUCUUAUAGUUCUGGCUCUAGUUACUCAAGUAGCAGCAGUACAAGUAGCACAAAGUCACGUUCUCCAAGAUCACGGUCGCCUCGUGUUCGUGGUACACAUCAUUCAUCCACAAGUAGGCGACGUGCUCGUGUAUCACCCAGUGUUAUUGUUUCUGAACGCAGGGCUGCUUCUGAAAGGGCUUUAUUGAUGAAUCCCCCAGCACCCUCUCCACGGAAAAGGCCACAUAGUCCAGCAAUGAUGAGAAGACAUGCGCAGAAUCCACCAGCACCAAUUAGUGUAUCAAAAUCUAGCAGUAAUAGUAAAUCAUCGAAGAUAAACAGAGAACAAACAGAUGCUUUUGGUCGCGUACGAAGGGACAUUGAUAGAGUAUCUGAAAGAAGCCGCAGAGAUUCGUUAACAAGUUCCUCUAAGGGCUCUCAUAAAUCGCCAUAUAAGAGGGACUCACGAGAUUCGCGGAGGCGAGAUGGUCGUUCUGCUAGCUCCAAUUCUGGUUCUUCAGAUUCCAGUUCCAGUGACUCUGGAUCUAGUUACUCUAGUAGUUCAAGUUCACGUGAAAGAAGUCCUGUUACUAGUAGGAGAUUGGUGGAUAGUGCGAGACUUCAUGCAACUAUUGAUAGAUCCAAAGUGCGAGCUAGAACACCAGUUGACAGGAAACGUGAUGAAAGUCGUAAAGCUGUGGAAAGCGGAAGAAAAAGGCCUGCAAGUUCACCACCAAGUGAAGAUAAAUCUAACAAGUCUCCCAAUGGUCCGAAAAAGGCUUCCCGGAGGGAGGAAUUAUUGAAACAACUUAAGGCUGUAGAGGAUGCAAUCGCUAGGAAGAGAUCCAAGAAUGAUUAAUAUAGCGCUUAUGUUUCUUUUGAUAUUUGUUAGUUUGUAAUCCAUAAAAUCAUUGUGACAUUAUUUUGUAUAGUUCUCAAUAGGUUUAGUAUUUGUGGAUAGUUUCAAAAAAUACUUAAUGAAAUAUGUAUGCUUUGGAAAUUAUCAACCAAUUUUAUG